CCUAUCCUGCCUUCUCAUCAUCCCCUUGAUUUCUCCCGUACGAGAGAUCUUCUUUAUUAUAUUUUAGGGUUUACAGAUUCACCGAAAGCUCAAGAAGGGUGGGAGGAUUCUCCUUUCAGGCUUUCAGCAUUUAUUUUUUUGUUCUAACGAUCUAUUGCAGUCAAUCUAUCAUCCAACAAUACUUCGAAUCCGAUCGAUACACCGAAAGAAUGAGUAGGUUAGGUAAAAGGGCGAGGACAACCUCUGAGAAGUCAGUCCUGUGGCUUUAUCAGCGAGAGGUCGGCGAGCUAUCGCCACGAACCUUCGUUCAUACAGCCGGGGCCUCCGAGAAUCUUGUGCUGCAACUUGAUCUCUACAAAAAGCUGGAAAAGCACAGAGGUUGCGUGAACACUGUUAGCUUUAAUGCGCUAGGUGACAUUCUUGUGUCAGGCUCAGAUGAUAGGCUGGUUAAAAUAUGGGAUUGGGAGGCCGGACGUGUCAAACUCUCUUUCCACUCAGGGCACACUAACAAUGUUUUUCAAGCAAAGAUCAUGCCAUUCACAGAUGACCGUAGCAUCGUCACAUGUGCUGCUGAUGGGCAGGUGAGACAUGCUAAGAUACUAGAACGUGGAAAAGUUGAGACAGUAAUACUUGGGAAGCAUCAAGGAAGAGCUCAUAAAUUGGCUAUUGAGCCUGGAAGCCCUUACAUAUUUUACACCUGUGGUGAAGAUGGAUUGGUUCAGCAUUUUGAUUUGAGAACUGGAAAUGCUACCGAGCUCUUUACAUGCAAAUCUUCCCGUGAAAAAUCAAGAUUUGACAGAAUUGUCAACCUAAACACAAUUGCGGUAGAUCCCAGAAAUCCAAAUUUCUUUGCUGUUGGGGGCUCUGAUGAAUAUGCUAGGAUUUAUGACAUCCGCAAGUACAAGUGGGAUGGAUCAACUGAUUUUGGGCAACCUGCAGAUUCCUUCUGCCCUGCACAUCUGAUCAGUAAUAGGCAGGUGGGAAUAACAGGCUUGUCCUUCUCUUAUCAGAGUGAGCUUCUUGUUUCUUACAACAAUGAACAUAUCUAUCUUUUCACAAGGGAUAUGGGACUGGGACCUGAUCCAAUUGCAGCGUCAUCAUCAUCUGGGGAUGGUGAAGCCACUGGAACAGAAGCUGAUCCAGUCUCCAUAGCAUCUCCAUCCACCCAGAAUUGUAAUAAGAGAUCUAUGCCCCAAGUCUAUAAUGGGCAUAAGAACUGCGAUACGGUGAAGGGUGUUGGCUUCUUCGGCCCCAACUGUGAGUAUGUUGUGAGUGGAUCUGACUGUGGUCGGAUUUUCAUCUGGAGGAAGAAAGAUGGACAACUUCUACGGGCUAUGGAAGCAGACAAGGAUGUUGUUAAUUGUAUUGAGCCGCACCCUCAUGCCUCCUUUCUUGCUAGUAGUGGCAUUGAUAAUGAUGUCAAGAUAUGGAUUCCUAAGGCCUCUGAGAGAUAUUCCCUGCCAGUGAACCUUGAACAGUUGAAACGUCCGAAAAGGCGCUUGCUGUGUAGGGUAUCAUCUCCUCAAGAGUUGCUGUUUCAGAUUUUGUCAUUGCAAAGGCGGAGAUCAAGACCAGAUUCCGUUGAAGAAGAAGAAGAUAGCGCACCAAGCAGGGAAUUGUUAGAGCUUGUGAUGUCCUUUAAUAGCAACCGUGACGGUGAUGGUUCAUCUGAUGAGGAUAGUGAUGCAGGAGAUUCCUCCAACAAUACUGGCGGUGGGGACUGUAUGGUUAACUGAUGUGGCGGGUUUAACCAUCUUACUGUGAUGACGAUGGAAAUUGUACAUACUUCAGGGAAUAAAUUCGAUAUUUGGUAUUGUGGCAUCAUACCGGAAGAACGAUGGAAAUUGUACAUAAUUUAGGGAAUAUAUCAAUAUUAUUUGUUUGUUC